AUGCCACGGCCGCCGCUCUCCAUCAGCCUGCCACAACACCCGCUCUCUCCCUCGUCCAGUGUCGAGUCUGAGCCCAAGGAGGUGCCAGUCCACCGCCCAGUGGCGCGGCGCCUCUCGCAGCCGCUCAGCCCGUCGCCAACGCCCCUACGCGCCCCCUCGCCCAUCAGACGGCCCUCGAAUCCUUCGCCACACCGCGAGAGAACGAGCAGGUCGCUUGACAUGCGCGAGCUGCGCAAUGCGCUGCCCGACUCGGAAGGAACUGCACCCCCUGACUCUGAACAGCCCGAUGCACUUGCGUCGGAAGGAACACCCCCUCCCUCGCCGCCGCACACCCCGCAGGCCCGCUCUCGGUCCCGGCCCCGCGCCCCGCUCGCCUUUUUCGACGAGCACUUCGGUCGCCGCGGGUCCCUUCCGCUAGCGACGCCGCGUCCGGACCCGCCCCAGCCUGAACCUCUGGACGAACUCCCCACGGUCCCGCUCGACACCCUCCGCGCCAUGGCCACCGCUGGGGCUGACUUUGCGCACUUCCCGACUGUCUCGUUUCACCCCACUGGCGGGGGCGGAAAGCAUACCAUCAUCUACCGGACGGUCCCCGGUGGUGUCUUCGGCCCAGACCUAGCGGCGCGGCUGGUGGCACAUCUCGCUGCUGAGCCGCUGCUUUCGCCAUGGCUAAGCCCGCGCGCCUCGCCCUCGCUUCUACCCCUUGCGCUCGUCCCGGACGAGCCUGCGCCGGUACUCGGCCCCACCUCUGCAUCCAACGGCACAUCUCAAGCCCCCGCGUCGAGCCGCCUGCACUCACGCGCGAGUUCUAUCUCUGGUAUCCCCCCCAUGCCCAAGACACCCGGUAUGCCGCCUCUCACUCCCCCUCCUUUAACCCUGCCGCUAUCUGUGACCUCACCCACGACCCGGCGCAUGCCUGAGGCGUGGUGGGCCGGCGGGCCGUCCGUGCGAGCCGCGGCGUGGGCAGCACUGCUGGACGACGACGUGGACGCCCCUCCGGCCCGAAUCACCUGGCUGCCGAGCGGCGCAUUCGGCAUCGCCCGCGAGGUCACGUCGCCCCUCAGCCAGCCGCGCAACAGUUUUGACUGGAGCGUGCUAACGACCCCCGUGACGGAGACUUCGGCCAAGGGUCUGCACACCUUUGCCUUCCUCCCCCCGUUCAACGAGGAGGAAUCGGACACGCUCCACACACUCCUCCGUCCAUCAAGCUCGUCGCGGGACAGUCGCUCGGCAGCUCCCUCGCCUGACACGAUACCAUGCAGCCCGGCCGUGAGCGAGCUGAGUCUGGACCCCAAGUCGGCGCCCGUGUCGCCACUCCUCCCCCCCCACGCGAGCGGGAGCAGUACAAGCGCGAGCGAGCAGGCGUCAAGCGACAGCAGCCACAAGGACGGGUCCGCGGCGUCGGCCUCGGUGCAGCCGCCCCAGACUUCGGCGAAACCCUUGCCUAUUCCGGCCCAGAUCCCGGUCCAGACGCAGCCCAAGACCGCGCCGUCCCCGACGGCGCCGGGCCUCGCGAGCCCGCCUACCCAGGCUCGCCGAAACACGCUCAGUCUUUUCGGGCUGAGCCCGCGCAAGGCGCGCAAAGGCUAG